UCGUCCACGGACGAUGGGUUGCUACUCUAUAAAUAGAGACCCAAAUCAGUCAAACUGCCCUCAAAUAGCAGUUCUCGUUGGAGAUUUUCAGAUUAUUGGGUCGUCAAGAUGGCACGUACUAAGCAAACUGCUCGUAAGUCCACUGGCGGCAAGGCUCCUAGGAAACAGCUUGCCACCAAGGCUGCCCGCAAGUCAGCCCCUACUACAGGAGGUGUGAAGAAGCCUCACAGAUACCGUCCUGGAACUGUUGCUCUUCGAGAAAUCCGCAAGUACCAAAAGAGUACUGAACUCCUCAUCAGGAAACUUCCAUUCCAGAGGCUUGUUCGUGAAAUUGCUCAGGAUUUCAAGACUGAUUUGCGAUUCCAGAGCCAUGCUGUUUUGGCAUUGCAAGAGGCAGCAGAAGCAUACCUCGUUGGUUUGUUUGAGGAUACCAAUCUAUGUGCUAUCCAUGCGAAGCGUGUUACCAUAAUGCCAAAAGACAUUCAGCUAGCCCGGAGAAUCCGCGGUGAAAGAGCUUAGAAGUUCAAAUGUCCUGCAAGGCCAGCUGAUUAUUCAUGAUUGGAUAGUGGAUAUGUCUGUAUUAGGAUCUUAUGUUUUGUUUGUCCGUUCUUAUUUUGCAUGUCCGAGUGGGUUAGUCAUAGGUUUGUUGUAGGGGUACUAAAUUGGGAAUGACUGGGUGGGUAUAGUGGGAUAUUGAUAUUAAACCCUGAACAAUCUGAAUGUUUGAUAAAUAUGUUGUUUCUGUGCA